AAGCAUUUUAUUAUCCAGAAUAGUGUGUGUAUAUAUAUAUAUAUAUAUAUAUAUAUAUAUACUGCUGCAGAAGGAACAAUUUGACCCUACACCUUUGGUCGAUGCUUCAUUAAAGCAGGGGUCUCAAACAAGCACACCACAGGCACCAUACUUUGCAAACUGUUUACGCUACAGAAUGACAAAGCUAAAUUGGACAUCAAGAGUGUGCAGAAUUACAACAGCUGAGGAGAACAAUAACCAUAGUCCCAGACAUCCUAGACAGAGGCUGAUAGAUGUGUGUACGUCUUUUGUACUUUGCCCCGACAGACUUGCACAUGUUGAAGGGACACUAAGAAAAGACGCAUCAAGGGGAAACGAUGGUUUACUACCCCGAAUGUGUCGGAAGCCUUACUUUUACCAAAGCAUGCCAGGGUAUUUCAGUGGCUAUGUGACGUCCUGCCGCCAAGCACAAGGUUCUGGGUUCGAUUUUCAGCUGCUGUGCAUCCGCAUUUCGAUCGAGGUGGAAUGCAAAAAUGCCUGUGCACUGUGAUUUGGGUGCAUUUUAAGAGAACCCCAGUUAGUUGAAGGUAAUUCAGAAAUCACUACUACGGAGACUGUCAUGCAAAAGUUGGCUGAUAGAUUUUUUUCUUCUAAAAACCAUUAACUGCACCAGCCAAUUGUGGUCACUAUCUUGUUAAAUCACAAGCUGUUGCUUCACAAAUUUUGAGAAGGUGCUGAAUCAACGUUUUUGACACCCUCCAAAAUGAACAUUGGCAAGCUCAAUUUUCCGAUAAGGUGACUAACAAUGAUGGCCUUCAUUUAGUUUCCACAGAUUCAGCAGUACAGUUCUGUUAAGCUGAACUUUCAAUGAGACCGAUUAAAUCACGGUGUUUAGAGUCCCAACGCUGCACAGAGGGAUGCUGUAGGAAGAAUUUUAAUCUAUUUUUAUAAUUUGCAACUCUUUAACACUCUGAGUGAUUAGUGAGUGUUUAAUUAGUGCUCGAUGUGACUGCAGAACAAGGAAAAAAAAAUGCACAGUUGUUUCAUAUGAUGUUUGUGUGGUGCAUGUCUUGUGGCUGACAAUCAUGUCGAAUUCAGUAUACUACAACCACCUACUGAAAUUAACUGUGGUAAGCUCUUGGUAUGUCUCCUGUGUGGUAAGAAAAUGCCUACGAAGGCGUAAUAAGAGCACGGUCCUUUAUGAAAGAUUCAUUCGCCAGUUAAGGGAUCACAUGUGCAUAGUUAUUCAGAGGCUGUUUAUACUUAUUCGUAUGAUAAAGUGAAGGAGUGUUUUUGCAUUUCAGCCCUAAAGAAAUGCAGCUCACGCAACCGGGAACCAAAACCAUGACUUUGUGCUGUGUAGAGUCACGCAAAGAAGGUAAAAAGCUUUGCAAAGAUCUUCACUACCGUCUAAUAGGGUGCCUACUGUACAUUGUGUUCCGGCAUUCCAUAGUUCUGAUUUCAGUGAAAAUACUAUUUGCUACUUCGGGAAGGCGAUCCUCAAAUCAAGCGUGAUGCCAUCUUUAGUGUCCCUUUAAGCAUGUAAACUUGGCAUAUAAAAAUGUUGCCACUUUAGCCAUUGACUGUCCAAGCAUACAACCUGUCUGAGCUUACAGUACCAGUAUCAUAAUUCUAAGCAACGAAACACACUGCUAAACAAGGCUGCCUCUGAAAAAGAGAACAGCUUGUUAUUGUCUUUACGCUGAUGCCAUGCAACAGCACUGAUUAAAUAUCAGGUCAGAAGAUGCUGAAAUAUUUACAAAACACCGGAAAGUUUAAGAAUUGAAACAUUUGCAAGACAGCAAAGUUUAACACUCGUAAUGCUACGUGAAACUGUUUCCUUAUCACAUAAGUGUGAAACUUAAAAGGAUUGUAAAACACUGUAAAACUACAGCACAGCCUACAUGAAUUUGUAACAGCAGGAAAAUACAACCUACUACAAUCAUGACCAAAUAUUAAAACAAUUAUGUCGCUCCAGUGGUUCCCAACAUCAACUACAGGGUGCCACAUUUUAUAUUUUGUUUUCUUCUUUUUGCUUCUACACAUGUUUGUCAAUCAGGCAACAACAAUACAUUAAAGAUAAUUGCUUCAGAUAUUGUAUUUGCAAUGAUCAGUUCACACUAAGUCUAAUGUAACAGCUGUUUAUUUGUGCACUCAAUUGGCUCAGGUGAAGUGCACACAAGCUAUGUCCAUAGUACAUGGCUUCUGGUCUGUUCAUGAGAACAUAACAUCACAGCUAGCACAUUUCUUUGGGCUAGUGGGUGAGGUAUAGCACAAGCUGACAAAGUGAAAACUAUGACAAGACUACCGCAAAGUGGGUCCUUUGUCUGAUCAUGCUGUAUGCAUGUCCGCAGACCAUGCCACUGCUUUGGGUGCUACAGCAUGUGAUCGGAUUAAUAUAUGGCUUUCACGAGAUGGCUGGAUUCGCAACGUUCACAAGAGUACCAGCAGCUGACUUUUUGCGAAUUUUCUUGCUUUGGUAGGCAACUGCCAGUCACAAAUCACACUAUAAAUCAUGACGUGCUCCUGCAUGCGCUGAAAUCAUGUCACCCUCUUGCAAGAUCUGUUUCAAAUGCACGCCAACUGUAAACAAUGGGCUUAUAGACCAUAUCAUUAAAACAAGCCGGGUGAAAUGCAAGACGUGCUACAAAGUUAACAAGCAGUGGGAGUUUCUCUUCGUAAGCUAUUGUGCAUGUCCUUCCAUUCCAGUGCUAGCCAAUUAAUUUCAUUAAAUAGCAUUUGAAACAGCAAAAAAAACAGAAUAACACUCAGCUAAAAUAGUUCAGCCAACUCUACAUAAUGGACAUUUGCCAGAGCAAGUAAUGACUGACACGGCAAGGGCUCGAUUCAAGACCCAUAACAAACACAUAAGAAGGGUAUAUAUAUAUAUAUAUGUAUGUAUAUAAAUAGGAAACACUACAAUGCAAAACCCAUCAAAAUGCGACAGAAGAUUGCAUGCACCACACUACAAGCAUCAUAAAUAACACAUGCAAAGAAUACAGAGACAUUAUGUAAUACAUAAAUAUGUGUAACUUUCUGAACACCAGUGUGCCACGACAGGGCACUGCCGUAUCAUAAACUACGAGUAGCGUCAUCUGCUGCAGAUGUCCCUAGGCUACACUUUCUGGGCUGUCACACCUCGCAAUUUAAAGCAGAGCCUGCCCAAAAGUAUCGAGUUAUUCCUCACCACAGUUCACAUCAGUUUGAAUAUGACUGCUUGCUCGCUAAUACGACUGCCCAUAAAGGCUCCCGAUAUACUGCAUGGUUAUUGCAUGACAAUGCGAAGUGCAUUUCUCAGCAGACAUUGUGACAGGUGGCGCUGCUCGAGUCGUGAAAACGUGGCAGCAAUGUUAAGCUGCAGUAGCCUACACAGUGUGUUCAUCCCUGGUAUAACAAAAACCUUCUCCCCCUAGGUUGCAAAAAAAAAAGUCUGACACCAGCAAGUAAACAAAGGAACGUGUGGAAAAUAGCCACACUACAAAGAGCUUCUCAAAUGAGUUAAAAGACAAGCAAAAACAGGAAUCGAACAGUACGUGCGGAAUUAAAGGUGACCAAAUAUUCAUGCGGUAUUCACGAGGCUACACCGUCGGAACAGUUUAAACCACUUUGGGGCUUAUCUCACCCCCAAACAAUAAUUGUCCCCUAGCUUGCGCAUUUUUCCUUGCUUUAAUGCUGUGCCCCCAGUAGUUCCAGGUCAUGAAUUACAUGCACAUUAUCAGCAUGACAUAGCAUUCCUCAUAAGAAAGCAGCAAGAGCAGGGUUUUCAAGAAGGGAAAUGCAAGCAUGACAGAUGACGAUUAUUGUUUGGGAACAAGAUACACCCCCAAAGGUUUUAACUUUUCUUUAGAGUGUAACAGUUCUGUGAAUGACACGAUACAAACUGGAAGCGUGACAAUUUCUGGACAUUUCUGCACACAAGAUCGCUGUGUGGUGCCAGGAUCGCAACCUACAUACAUGUGUACCAGCCAAUGGGACACAUACCAUGUGACCUAUGCCACAUGAUGUCUAGUGAGUUUGCAAGUAGGCACAAAGCUUGUACAAAAAUUUCACCAUCUGUGAGAGCCUUUGUCAUUCGAAGUAAUAAUGUGUUUCUGAACCGCAAACAAGGUUCUGGUUAUGUGAGGCUACAAGGGCUCAAACCCCAAUGAAAUGUGAUAGCGCCACACUCCACGUACAAUUCUGACUCGCUGUGUACACGUCUAAGAGCGUAACAGACUUGCAAUACAGAUGCAGUUUCAUUUUCUGCGUUAUCAAGGAGAGUGACUACUAGUAUUGGUUCAAAAGUGCAAAGACAUUACAAAUGUAGGAUGGCGCUACAAGCAAGUUUGGCACACUGCAACCACACUGAAAAAUUGUGCCAGGUCUUGUAGUUGCACAGCUAGUGCAACCUCUACAAAAUGAUUCCGUGACUUGCAAUUUUAGGAACUGCAUGUUUUGAACCAUUUUGUAGCGACACACAGGCCUUGGAUCAUUGUGGGCCGAGGGGCAGGAGGGGGUGGAGUGUGUAUGUACAACUUUCUGCUAAUGCAGAAUCACUAUUCGGAUGAAUAUGGCAGAACUCUUCAGAGCUAGGGCUGUGUCGAGCUCAGUCACAGUGCAUUUUUCAUUGAACUUACUGGCAUUCAUUGACAGAUGACACUUCUUGCAUCAUUUCAUGUCAAGUACACAUUUCUUGUAAAAGCGGUUUGACAGGCAUAAAUUUUAAUGAGAAAAAAAAAGAAUUGCAAAUAUCAUGCGCAGCUAGCUAUCUAGCACCAUUUGGGGUUCUGCAAAGUGUUACCAGAUGGACAAACAUGUGCAUGUCACGCAAUUGUGUGCAUGACAAAUGUGUGCAUCAUGGCAGCUGCAAGAAGGUGGCGGCGACAUUAGUAUGACGGCAAUGGCAUGGCAACUGCCUUUUUGUACUCCGGCUAAGAAAAGUUACAACCUGCUUCGUUAAAAGUUGGGCCGAUCCGGAAGGCAGUGCGGACUAACAUGAGCGUCACAAAGAGCUAGCUGCCACAAGGAAAAAAAGGGAGAAACUGGCACACUCUUGCUUUUAUAAGCAUGACAAGUGACAUGAUGCACGCAAAAGAUGCGACUAAUACUCGCAUGUCUCAUUCCCAAGUCUGUAGCUGAACGAAAACUGGCCUGUGAGCACACAUUCUUGCUUAUUAUGUGUGAUGUGCCGGACACGCCAGAUGUCUGAAAGAGCUAGUUUUGCACUGGAAAAAUAGAAGCAUGCAUGUUAUCAUGGCUGAAUGGUUAGAGAGAGCAUCAGGCUGUUGGCUGAGGUUUGAUCCUACCAUCGAUUAGACACUUAAAUUCAACUUUAUUGAAGAGGCCUGAAAUGAUUCAAAACAAUAACCUACCUACAUACCUACCACAAGAUGCCUUGGAUGAGCCCAAGAAUGCUUCCCAUUAAAGCAAGUCUUAACACUUCCGAAAUUAGCACCCUAACCCAAGUUGCACAUUGGUAAGCAUUCAUUCUUGGCUAGCUUCAAUUCGUUUUGGUCUCAAGUUAAGCCAUUAAAUAGUAUAGUGUGGUAUAUACGAUCCGAUAUGAAACAAUCACACCUCCAAUGUACAACUGCAGCAUAAGUGCAAGUCUGAAUACGACUUACUCACAAUACUUCUCACAGUAGGAAAACGAAAUGCUGCAAAGCAGAUUUUUUAUUUCAGCAGUUCUCCUAUUCAAGAGUGCUAAUUGGGCUAGUUGGAAUGCUGGAUUGAUGGUUACGAAAAUUCAGUGCAAACACAAGGGGGACAGAAUGAAAUGCACUGAAUAUCCUUCUAUGCCUCUUGUGUUUGCGCUGAAUUUUCAUAACCAUGUCUCCCAUUCAUUUUACAUCAGUACACCCUGUAAAGAGUGCACAGAGCUAGAACAAGAGGUAUUGUUUUUGUGGUGAAGCUUUUCUGACCUCACUUCCAGGAUAUUGGCAAUGUCAAAAGAUUACCUUGUUUUUUGCAGUCCUGGCCUUUCUCGAUGCUGACAUGCAGCAUCUGCACUUGCUAGAAGCCAAUGCAGAAUUCAGGGCUAAUAAACCUAUCUUGCCACGCUAAAUGUGUUAGAACUUGGGCCUGUUAAUGCAUCGUAAACAUACCAACAACAAAAACACAAACAAAUAAAAAUCUUUUUCUAUGAAGAAUCAACCCCAAUUGCUAUCCAAAAAUGCAUUUAGCAUGCUUCGGGAAGUGGUUACUUGUGGCACUAUGUUGCACUAUGCGCUAUGGGUGAUGGUGUCCUUACCAUGCUUCCCUUACACAUACCCAAUAGCCAACCGGUACUUCAAGCGCCACUUCAUUAAAGGGACACUAAAGUGAAAAAUGAUUUUUUCUGCAUCAGUAAAUUACCAUUCUACAACACCAAAAACACCCCUCUUACAACGAUAAGGCAUUUGGUAAGCCAGAAAAAGCGCAAGAACGAAAUACGGGCGGUGACGCCUACUUAAGUUCCCGCAGCCCUAGGUACUGUGAUGUCUUGGAUUUUGAUGGCAUCUUCUAGGGCCUACUAAUUACAUAUAGCAGUACAGGUUGACUACAUUGUGUUCUAAAGGAACCAAAUAUCAAACAUGGCAACUUUCAGGAACCUUUACUCAGCCAACGCGGCCCAAAUGCGAAAACAUACUUUGGAAUCCUUGCCGUCACGCUGACGUACCGGCGCUGGGGUUUCGGCACGAAAUUCAAAUACUGAUACUUGGACCUUCAUUUUCUCUUCUAAUAAUCAAACUAUAUUUUUGAAAUGACUGCCGGCAGGUUUCUUAAACAAUGCUCCGGUAGUCUAAACUGAUUUAUUGUUUCGCUCAAGUGUCCCUUUAAGGAGCAGUUCAGAACCCUGUGUAAUGUCUGUGACUGCUUGUGGCUGCAGCAUCUCACAAAUGCUAGCUGUCACGAUGGAAGAAUGUGAGAACACUCCCCCUGCCAACGCUCCACCGUAAGUUACUGCACGGUAGCAUGCUAGUGCCGUACUGCCAUGCGGCUUUUACCAAUGUGUUGGACUGCACUAUCUUUGGGAUGGGCCCAUGAAAACAGUUUGACAGUCACAAGAAAUCGCGGUUACUCUCCAAAAAUGCUACACAUAUAAAAAAAUAGAAAGGAGGAGUGGGUGGGCGGCGGAGACAGGCAAAACCAAUAAGCAAAACGUUGGGUCCGCACGUUUCUCCUUUCUUCACACCAUCUUUUGCAUUGCUAAUAUAUUCAACAUGUAUACCCUUGCUACUGCGCUCAGGGUUUCACGGAAAUAGUACAAUUAAUAGCCACAGCUACAGACAGGUUUUGCAAGUGGUCUCUGUGGGCAAUAAUGGUUUGCACUCCAUGUAAUGCCUCCACUUUUUCUCUGCGCUAUGGCAUAUAUUGUAUUUCUGCGCAAACAGCCCACACCAAGACUUCACGAAUUGCCAAGUACAAUGCAACCGAUUACAUACACAAAAAUAGCCUUCACAUGCAGCUUCAUGGCAAUGCACUUGUCACUGUUUUGAAGCUGCACUGUGCUUCACAGGGAUGCUACAGACCACCGCUAAAUCAAUUUAAACAACCAAGAUCUGAUUAUGAGCAUACCUGCAACCCUCCCGCCUUUUGAAGGGUACAUACGCACUUUAAUAAUUAAACGACCCUUUAGACCUUGAGCCGCGGCACGCAAGCAGCAGCAAACUUGGAACAGUGGAGACCGACAAGCAACAAUGCAGAUAACAGUACGUUUUCAGCGACUUUGCUGCUGCUGAUUUUGCCUUGUUUAGGAAAUUGCCUGUAUUAGCUUGCUCGAAGCAAGUGCCACCAUGGCAUUUGUUUACCAUCAGAAAACUUCAAACGGCAAGUUCUGAGACCGAUAGUAAAACUAUUUCGCAAACAGAACGCAUUUUUCGUAAAACUUCAUGGAACAAUCCUAAAAUUGUAAAAGAAGCCCAAAUUCAUAAACAUUAAGAAACAUUCGGGGGGGAUUGGCAGGUAAGUUAUGAGGCAUGGCGUCGUAGGGGACUCCAAAUUAAUUUUGACCACCUGGGGUUCUUUCAUGUGCACCUAAAUCACCAAGUGCAUGAGCAAUAUUGCUUCCUCCUCAUAAUAAGAGUAGCUUUCUUGGCAUUGUAGAAGGAUAACUUACUAAUACAGCUGAAGUUGUUUUUCUCCUUGGUCUCUCUUUAAAUUCUGUCGACCCAAUUAUGAGGUGAACCUAGUAGGGGGCUCCAGAAUAAUUCUCACCAUCUGGGGUUCUUUAACAUGCACACAAUGCACGGUACAUUAGUAUGUUUGCACCCAUCAGAAUGUGGUCACGGUGGCCAGGAUCGAACCCACGAGUAUUUGGACCACCUUCGCACAGGAAAACGUUUUCGAAAGUUGCUUAGGUGAGCCGUUGGCUUGCUCAGAAUGAUGAAUUUGGCGUUUUGUGGCAUAAGGGCCAAGUAUGGAAAAAGAGCUUCCUCAGAAUACAGUGCAGGCCUUCUUUAUUCAUAUAAAGACCUUUCUAGAGUCGACACUGCCGAGACUGGUAACAUUGUGGUGAGGUGCUCCUAUAACACCUCACUACCCCUUUCUAGUUCUUGCAGCCUUCUGGCUUUCUUCUUCUUCUUCUCCUUCUUCUUCUUCUUCUUCAUUUCUACUUCUAUGAUUGUAGGACAAAGGCCUGUGACUUCCAAUUAUCCCUGUCUUGAGCUAGCCGAUUCCAACUUCCGCUUGAAAAUUUCCGAUUUUCAUCACCCCACCUAGUUUUCUGCUGUCCGCGACUGUGCUUCCCUUCCAUUGGAACCCAUUCUAUAAGUAACGGUUCACCAGUUAUCUGCCCUACGCAUUACACAGCCUGCCCGGCUUAAUUUUACUGGCCUGCCAAACUUCAAUUCACAGCAACACCUGAAUUUUCCAGUAUAUUCUAGGAACUUGAAUUUUGAAUCAACCUCAAUUUCAAAUUUCUCUUUAGUGCCCCUUAAAAACUUACUAGAGCAGCGAAAGUGUUCAUGAAUGCAUAAAAUGAGAUUGUUUCUAGGGCUGUGCUUUGUAUCGGCAAAUGUUCUUGCAGGCAGUCAUUCAUGCUUGUUUAUAGGGACGAUUUUUUUUUUGCACAAGUCACAAUUGUAGUGUGGGUAAUAUGCAAAAGUUUGCUGUAUAGUACAGUAAAACCUCGUUAAUUCGAACUCGGUUUAUUCGAAAUCCCGCGUAAUUCGAAGGUUUUCGGCGGUCCCAACAGUUUGCAUGCAAAUUUUGCCGGAUAAUUUGAACAGCCAGCGUGCGCAUAUCCGGAUAAUACGUCAGUUUAAACCAUGGCCUCCGAGAUUUUUCCGUGCCUCUGUGAUCUGCAACAAAAAAAUUAGUGUGCCAGUCUCUGAGGCCAGUAUAGUUGCUGGAGUGGCAGCCAGGCUGCCCUUUAAAUCAACUUUGUUUCCGGUGCUUUGUUGUGCCUCAGUGAUCUGCACAGUACUACAGCCGGUUUUGGAGGCUAGCUUUAGUUAACAAAGCAACAACCAGGUACCGCUAGGUCGAAAUUUUUCUGGUUCCGUUUCCGUUGUUUCUUCGUCUAGCUUGUGGCAGGCACUGCUCGUAGUGUUUUGAUUGUUCGGUGCCGCGACCAGACGUGUUCUGUGCUCUGAUAGUUAUUCUUGACCACGUGUGCGGUGUUGGUGUCAAGAAAAUGCCGAAGUACUACAGAACUCUGACUUUCUGCCAGAAAGUGUGCCUAAUUGAGGAGGCUGAAAAAUGGACGAGCUCCAAAACACAGCUGGCGGAAAAGCACAAGGUGCCUUUAUCGACCCUUUCGACGACAUUGAUGAAUAAGACAAAGAUUUUCAAGGCCUAUGGGAAGACGCAUUCGACGAAACGGACAAGGAUUCGUAUUCCUAAGUAUCCGGACGUUGAAGACGCCUUGAUAAAGUGGCUUCAGCAUGCAAAUGCAGCACACCUGCCUGUGAACGGCAUGCUCCUGCGCGAAAAGGCCGAUAAGCUUGCACUGCGGCUGGGCCAUGAAGCAUUUAAGUGCAGCAAUGGCUGGUUGUCCAGAUUUAAAGACCGCAAUAAUCUCACGUUCGUGACAGUGUGCGGUGAAAGCGGGAGCGUCGACCCAAAUGUUGUCGAGAAUUGGAAAAAGGAUACAUUGGCUCUGCUGCUUCAGCAGUGUGCGGAGGACGAUGUUUACAACAUGGACGAGGCCGCAUUGUUUUAUAAAAUGCUGCCAACAAAGACGUUUGCCCCAAAAGAUGCAGUAGUCACGGGAAAAAAACAACCCAAGGACAGAAUAACCGUUCUGUUUGGUGCGAAUAUGUCCAGCAGUCACAAACUUUUGCUGCUGAUCAUCGGAAAAGUGGAGAAGCCUCGGUGCUUCAAGAACGCACGACUUCCUCCCAAGGAUGACGUGCUGUACAGAAGUAACAAAAAGGCUUGGAUGACGGCAGCGCUGUUCGAGGAGUACGUGAGGCACCUUGACCGUAAGUUUGCUGCCGCGGGACGAAAAGUUGUUUUUGUUGCUGACAACUGCCCAGCCCACGUCGACAUCCAGAAUUUGACAGCAGUUAGGCUUGUCUUCCUGCCGCCGAAUGUUACAGCUAUAUUGCGGCCUAUGGACCAAGGCGUUAUUCUGCAAGCGAGGAAGAUUUAUUGCUGCUAUUUGCCUAAAAGGAACUUGUUGUGCUACGAUAACGGCAAACAAUAUUCCGUAGACCUACUGGGUGCCAUAUGCCUAAUCAAGUAUGCCUGGAAGCAGGUGGAGGGAGAUAUGAUCAGGCGUUGCUUUAUGCACGCCGGUUUUUCCAAGCAACAAGAUGACAGUUCUGAGGAUGCAUCUGAUGCCAACUGCACACUGGAUGACGAAGGAGAGUCAUUGUGUGCGCGCAUGACCGACUUCAACGAAGAAAACGGCGACGAGAGCAACGGAUUGACCUUUGUGGAAUAUUUGAGCACGGAACUUGACGUCCAAACGUCUUAUGCCAACUUGGAAGGAGAAAUAUCUGACAAUGGGCCUUCCAACGAAGGUGAAGGUGAUGUUGAGCCCACCCGAGCACCAGCUUUAGCUGCAGUUGUUGAGUCGCUUAACGUUGUGCGCAGUUUUGUGGAGUGUAGCGGUGGUAACAGUGAAUUGCCUCGCGCACUGUAAGCAGACUGGAGGACGCAGCCUACGGUGCGGCUAACUACCGCGCCAAGCAGUCACGCAUCGAUGACUACUUCAAGUGACCGUUUUUCAGACGAAAUAAAGGUGCAGUGUUGAUACAGCCACGUUUUGUACGUUUAUUUCUCGUUUUUCGUCCAUUUUUGAUGAUUCGAAAACCCGGUUGAUUCGACGACUUUUCGCGGUCCGACGGACUUCGAAUUAACGAGGUUCCACUGUACAUGCAAAAAUAGGCCACUGCGGGAAAUGCAAGACACCAUUGAGUUCUUUUCACGACAAACGAAGUACUUAGCCAGCGUCGGCCAUAAUACCGUACAACCUCGUAAAUAUGAUAACUCUGCAGAAGCAUUGGCAUAGUGAAAUGUGCCAUGAAAUCAGUCUGCUGACAACACAUGGUGGGAAGCAUGAUAACUGACUCCAAAUUCACUGAGAAGCCAGAAACAGAUGGUCACAACAAAGGCUAAGCAUUUGAAGUUACAUUACACCAAAAGCAUCAAAAUCCC